AUGGAGGACAAGCCCUCGACCCUCAGCUCCUCCUCCCCCACCUCCGCCGGCCACACCGCCAGAACCACCCAGGAGCUCGCCGUCGAGGGCCAGAAGUACCUCGAGGAGACCAUCGGAGCCGCCUUCCUGAUCCUCUCCGCCAUGAACGACGAGCUCUGCAACCCCUCCCUCUGGUCCACCACCGCUCCACAUCAUCCUCCCCCGGCCACGGUGAGCAACGGCCACCAAUCGAACGGUGACGUGCUUUCGGACUCCUCCUCCGCGUCCUCGGCGGCCCACUCGUCCCACCCUCAGCAUCUCCUCCAUAACAGCUCCGACGUCGGAGGUGGGGCCCUCGACGAAGCUAGAUUGAGGUAUAGGUCCUCCGUCUCGUCCCUGAGGUCUGUCCUUGCCGCAAUCUCGAAUGCCCAGAAGGCAGCAAUCGAGGCGGGCUCGUCAAGUACCUCAGCAUCUCCGGAUGAUGAAAUGGAAACUGAGCAGCUUGAAGAGCAGGCUGCCAUCUUAAGAGAGAAGCUUGCGGAUAAGAACAAACAUCUCAAAGGUCUGAUAGAUCAGCUUCGCGAUCUCCUGGCUGAUAUAUCCACAUGGCAAAGUCCUUGUACAGUCUGA